AUAAUAUUAUGCCUGCUGUCGAGUCGACCAAUCAAUCUCAUCGUUGCUAGCUGCUACAUACAAUACAGACAAGACAAAGAAGCCAUGAAACCAUACACACUGCUGCAUGCUCUACCACUACAGCCCAUUGUUCCUCAGCACUCUGCUGGCUCUAUAAAAGAGGAGGCUCUGCACCCGGCAGUCUCCCCCUCUUCCUUCCUUCCCUUUGCAAUAUAAUCCUCAUCCAUCCUCUCUCUUCACUGCUCGCUCUAGAGCUGGUCCUCCUGUGAGGUUGGCAUCCAUGGCCGGGAGCGGAAGCAGCGGGAGCGGGAGCAGCUCGGCGCCCUGCGCAUCGUGCAAGCUGCUGCGGCGGCGGUGCACCCAGGAGUGCGUGUUCGCGCCCUACUUCCCUCCUGAGGAUCCUCACAAGUUCGCCAUCGUCCACAAGGUCUUUGGCGCCAGCAAUGUCAGCAAGAUGCUCCAGGAGCUGCCUGCUCAGCAGAGGGCGGAUGCGGUGAGCAGCCUGGUGUACGAGGCCAACGCACGGAUGAGGGAUCCCGUCUACGGCUGCGUCGGCGCCAUCUCCUACCUCCAGCAGCAGGUCUCCCAGCUCCAGAUGCAGCUCGCCCUCGCCAAGGCCGAGAUCCUCCUCUGCGUCCAGAUGCAACACGAUGGCCAUGCAACUGCUUCAGCUUCACCACCGUCACUUCAGCGGCAGCAGCAGCAGCUCAUGGAAAGCGAGGCGUAUGGUAGCCUGCUCAUGCAAAAUGGCCUGAUGAACAGCACCGGAGCUCAUCAGCAGCAGAUGUUGGGCUCUGCUGGGAACACUGCACUGAUGCUGCAGGAGGCAUGCCUCAAGAAAGAGUCCCUAUGGGCAUGAAUUAAUAAUGUGCCUGAAUUUUGCAGAUGCUAUUGUUGAGAGUCAGCGAUGUGAAUGCGCGUGUUUGGAUUCACAUGGUAGGCUCAGUAGUCAGUAUGUAGCUAGGAUUGUUCGGACCCUAAGCAUCGCAAAGCCUUUUUCAAACAAGGCCGAAACUGUAUGACUGCUGCAUACCUACUAGAUUCCUAAGCUUCUGCAUAAGACGUGUGUCCCUUCAUCUGCUGGGUUGCACAAGGGCUGACCUGGCUUCACAAGUAUUCUACCUGUACAAUUGUACUUGAUAAAUAUAUGCCAAGGCUGUAGAAUAACUACUGGAGAUCUUAAAA